GCGAACCGGUACCGCAAAUAUUUUUUUUAUUACGCACAUGGUCCGUAACAACUUCCAGCGGAUCCUUCAACCCGCACACGCACUCGCCCCCCCCCUCCGCCACACAAACCGCCCGUACCCUCCCGACUGGCCAACUCCGCCCUCUGCUUCUACCCGCUCUCCCUUCUACAUUCACCAUGCCGGUUUCCUCGAGCGCCACCCAGCAGCCGCAGCAGGGCAACAUCUUCACGCACAUCAGCAAGAUCUUCAGCAGCUUUACCCACCGCCCCUCCCUGUGGACGAACGUCGCUGCCAAAGAGAGGUCUGUUCCUGCCUACAACAACACCAUCGCCAGCCUGCGCCGCUAGCGGCCGUCGCCAUCGCCAAACAGUACUACGACUUGAUGGCCCUUGCCACGUGAAGCGCUGCUGCUUUUCCGUGACGGAUUAGUAGUGUUGAUCGUGUUUCACUUCUUUUUGGUUGCGAUUAGUAUGUCCUGAGGCGGCAUCAAGGGUCUGUGACGGAUUCAUGCACGAAUAAAAAAAAAACGAGGCCGACACCACCGGUUGUUGUUCCGAAUGCUGUCGUAGUCUCGACUGUGUGUAUGACUCGGGGUUGCCGUUCCUGAGCAGCAUGCAGAAUGACCGGAUACGGCUGUCGUGUGUUGUCGGAUAAAAAGUUGGGUCAAAAGGAGAUAUUAUGCAUUCAAGGACGAUCGUGACUGGAGUCUGUGUGGGUCUUCCCCCGCCGCGGCCGGCCGUCUUAGUAGGGUCCCCCGAAUUCGUUCUGUGUGUAGAUCGCAGCGAAGCAAGAAUAUCAUAGUACGGUACUGUUUUGUGGGGCGUUGAGACCCGCUAUGCAUAGGUUGGUGGAGGGGAUGGGAGACUCAGUUGAUCAGAUCAUUACUCUUCGUGAGGUACGAUAGGUCCCCCCGCGCCACCGGGUUUCACGAGAAAACUCUUGACCUUGUCUUGUUUUAAGUGGUUACAUGGGAGAUAUAUUUUAGUUGCUUCGAACGUCACUCCACAUACGUGCUGCUUAUUCAUAGUACGAGUGGUGUUUACGUACGUAGUGGUGGAUGGUGCGGAUGCGAUGCCGCCGUGAAGAGACCUGACUUCAACUAGAGAGGUCCCCGGCCCCUGCUAAGCAUACUUUCCCGAGUACGUUGUCUUGUUGUAGCUUUCCAGUUUUGCUCAAUGCAUGUAAUAGGUGUCCUGUGUCCUGUGUAUGUUGUACACCGCAGGCGAGGUUGAGACACCCCGUCAUGGUUGGGUGCUGCUACGCGUGGCGAUUUCUUUUCAUUUUUUUUCAGUGUGGCGGGGAGAGUAUUUAUUUGAAGGCGUGCACCGUGUUCUUCAUCAUGGAGAAACUUGACGUGUUAUUCAGCGGUACAAGAUAAGUCUUCUAUACCCUUCUCGGCGGUUACAAAUCGAGCCGUCCUGUAGGGUGAGCAUUUCAACAAGGCAACCGAACGGGUGUGGCUCAUGUGGUGUGAUGGUAAAAAGCUUUUUCUGAAGUGUUGGUAUGGCUUUUCUGGUGUGAUGACAUUGAAUGUCUGGUAUGAUGGGUGUACGCCGUUUUUGUACUUCCUGGUGCUCGGAUGCUGUUUCUGCUACCCCCCACCUCCCCAUGUUUUUUUGAUGAAAAGUUCGAUACAUGGCGUUGUUUUCGAAUUAAUGGAUUGACCGAUUUGGACUUGUCGUCCUACCUACCUACCGAACGAGUGAGAAGGGCGACUCUUUUUUUUGCGGCCUUCCCGUGGACUUGUCGUGUUGCGGUUGACGGUUUUAGCUGACGGGUUAGCGUCCGAGGGCGCAGCAGUUGUCGGUACGGUAGAGUAUGUCGGAAUGUGCCCCAUAAUGGCAGGGCACAGUAUCUACGAUAGUCUUGACGAUAGUAUUCUUGGAUGCACAUAACACGUUGGCAGCGACUAGCUGGAGAUAAUAGGGUGUGUGUGUUGUUUGUAGUGUAGAUGUGUAGCAUGAUUUUGGUGUGUGAAGGAGUUAAGGUCGAAAAUGCAUGAAAGAAGAGAGGGAAAAGAGCGUAUGGUUACCUACCCCAUUUUUCUGCUGUUGUUUCUUUUGCUCGGCUUCGGUGGUACUUGGUAGUGCGUACUCCGUGAUGAGGGAAGAGAAAUGAGUGAUUGUGUGCACCGGGACGAUAACGGAAGACUAAAUAUACUAUUUUCGAUAUUUUUUUGUGUUAAACGUGUUCGUUCGAGGUGGUCCUCGUCAUCUCUCGCGAUCUGAAACGCUGGAUGGAUAUUGAGCCUUUUUCAAACGAUACAUCCACCAAGCAGCGCAGAGAUGAAACGGAAUGGCUUAGAUGGGUU